GAGACGUAAGCGGAGCACGUAGACUGUCCGCUACAUGCAAAGCUCAUCAGCACGGGCGUGCUACGAGCUUUGACCUUCCCGCUGGAUUUGGGAACCGAGUGAGAAUUGAUCGACCAGCAAAUACCAGCCUGCGUCAAAGGCUUCAAACUAUUCGGUCAAUAUAAUAAACCCGUGGAGCGCAAUUCACUCACGCUAGCUGAAAACGAGACGUAUAAGCAUAGUGAAGGUUGCGUACUCCACGAUGUUGCCAGAAUCGCUACUCUUUCCCAUGGUGGUUUACCAAUUUAUUAGAUGCCAUACGAAACGGUUUGAUGUCUCGUACUUUGAGGUGAGGCACAUCAUUUAUUCCCCACCCUCUCUUCUAGACGAAACGCGCUGAAUCAUCCCUCUGGCAGUCGUUCACUGGAAAGUAACUUUGUUCCUUCCGGCUUGCCAAAGUUGAUAUCAUGAACCUGGAUUCGGCUGGGCCCAUCAAUCUUGUCGAGCUGAAAAACAGCUAUCAAAACGAAUUUACCAAGAGACUCGAUACCUUUUCCAGUCCCAAGGCACUGUAUUGGGAAAGACGUCUGGUCGACCCAGUUAGCACUAUUGUUAGUCAUUCGCUCUUAAAGGAGCACGACGUAUCGAAAUCAUUUUUUAUCGAAUUCAACGAAAAUGCUUGCUCCCCGCCAGAAUGCAAGUCCGUCGUUUUCAUUCUUUCUUCAAGCCUGCAAAUUGUCGAUUACAUUCAUUCCUUCAUCCAAAGGGACAGUCGGAUCAACAAGAAAUAUUCUAAGGAAUAUCACAUUAUUGCCGUUCCUUCCUUUUCAUAUGCAUGUAAAUCUCUCUUGGAGGAAAAGGGUGUAUCAAAGAGCAUCUCUUCAAUUUGCGAAUUUCCUUUAACUCUUUUACCUUUGGAUCACGAUGUUCUUUCUAUGGAGGCUCCUGAGUGUUUCGCGAACUUCACAUUGUCACAACAGCAACAAAUAAUUUAUCAAUUCGUGCAAGGUCUUCUGCGCUUUCAAUCUAUCUUUGGGCUUUUUCCUAAGAUCCGCGCAAAGGGAUACAAGGCAGUGGAAGUUGCACGUAUGUUAAUUCGAAUGCGACUCGAAGCAGAAGCAACGGUCGGCGGCAAACCAGGCGCUACACUACUAAAUGAAGUUGUCUCCCAAACGGAGCUUCUGGUUGUCAUCGAUCGAUCCGUCGAUUGCUUAACUCCUUUGUUAAGCCAGUUGACUUAUGAGGGAUUGAUCAGUGACAAAUGGGGCAUCCGAUAUGGUAUAUGCCGUUUUCCGGUUGACUCACAUGCUUCCGGCCACCAACCCAUUCGCACGGUGUUAAACGGUCGAGACGAGUUGUUUGCCGAGCUUCGCGACCAAAACUUCACCGCUGUCGGUCCUAUUCUUUCCAAACGUUCCAAGGAGAUUUCGGCGCUAAGAGCUGAAAGCAAGUCAGCGAAGGAGAUCACCGAACUACGACGAGUUGUUGACCAAUUGAUGGAGAUUCGAUCCACUCCGGUAGAACUAGAGACGCAUACCGCAAUUGCCGAAAAAAUUCACAAACAUGUCAACACGGAUGAAUUUAUGCAAGGCCUGGCCACUCAGCAGGAUUUCCUUUCCGGUAUUGAGGCCGACAAAGCCCACCCCUACAUCGAAGAUUGCAUACUCCGUGUCGCACCGCUUGAAGAGGUCCUCCGACUUAUAUGUGUACAGUCGUUUUGCAACGGUGGCCUCAAGCAGCGCCUUCUGGAGUAUUACAAAAGAGAAAUUUUGCAGGUUUACGGAUUCGAGCACGUAUUCACACUGGACAACCUGGAGCGCAUCGGCUUGUUAUACGAUGCGUGCAUGACUUCCGGUGGUGCUGUGCCCAGACGACUGUUAGCUACGUCCAGCUGCACUAACAAACCAGAGAUAUCGACCGCCAAACAGACCAUCACCACUGUUAGCGGAAUGUUCAGUGGUACACUAAAACGAGGUCUACGUCUGUUAGUUUCACCUUCCUCUUCGUUGGAUCAAUCUGAUUCGGAUCAAUCCGUUGCUAACGCUUAUUCUGGAUACGUUCCUCUUUCGACACGAGUAAUUCAGAUCCUGUCGCUUGAUUGGAUUCCGAAAGCAGUUAUUGGAAACCCUGAGCAGCCGUUUGGCUCUGUGUCGGCAGCAGCCUCGGCAUUACUCGGUGGCAUUGGCUUGAUCCCAAGCCCCUUACCUGAGGAAAACGUCAAUCCUUCUCAGACGAAAAUGCGUAUUUUCCCAAAUCACCAAACUUUCUCCAACAUGAGUGCAGCGGGCGGAUCUCCGCGUGCCCCUAAUUCUCAGCAGAGCGAUGCACUGAAGUUUGUGAUGAAUGCCAUGCCCGGUGCUUUCUUGGAGGAGUCGCAAGCGCGUCACUCAGCAGGAUAUUAUGAUAUUGCGCUGAACACAUGCACAAAAAGAGCUGAUUCCAGAUCAAAGGCGCGGGUGAUUGCUGUCGCCUUCGUUGGAGGUGUAACACAUGCUGAAAUCUCUACACUCCGUAGCCUGGCUGCUUCGAGUGAUGAUAACAUCGAAUUCAUCUUCAUCACCACAGGGUUCUUAAGUGCCCACACAUUCCUAGCGUCUAUGGCCCAAUGUGUUCAGCCCGCCCAACUAUUGCCAUUCUGAACUAACUUACGUCAUAUCCGAUACCACGCUUUUUGAUUCUCCUUUUUGCCUUCCCCAAUACACAAUUACUAUGA